AUGGCCGUCGCAUCUUCUGCGAAGGCCAAGUCGGCCUGCAAGGCCAACGGCAACGGCAACAGCAACAACAACGCCAACUCCAAGGCAAAGACACAGAUGCACCGCCGCUCAAGAACAGGAUGCUACACUUGCAGAUUGCGCCGCAAGAAGUGCGACGAGGGCUCGCCAAUGUGCUCCGCUUGCAAACACCUUGGUUUGACAUGCGAAUACAAGCGGCCAAUGUGGUGGAGCAACAACGAUGCUCGCCGCAAGCACAAGGACGACAUCAAGAUGAUUAUCAAGCGCAAGAAGCUCUCGGAAAAGGCGUCGCACACCAUCCAGACUUCCGUCGGCUCGCCCCCGGGCCUGUCGCACUCGCUGCCCACCUCUGCCACCUUCUCCGACCCUCUUGACCGCACUCGCUCUGCCUCCAUCGACUCGCACUUUUCCACGGCUUUCAACUUCAACAGCCCGCCAACUGUCGGUGCCGAGUACGCCGCCUACAACCCGCAGAUGCACCCCGACUUCAUGUACGGCGGCUUCCCCUCGCCCUACGAGAUCGAUGUCAAGACGGAAAGACAGGUGUACAUGAACGAUGUGCCGACCCUGAGGGAGUCGACCAUUUCUACCUUCAGCACGUUUCACACUCCCCCUCCACCAGGAACCAUUUUGCCCUCGUCUGUACCACUCGAUGGUGAAUGGACCGAGCAGGUUUACUCGGAGCGCAAAGAAUCCCUCAGCGAGGAAGCCCUCAACGUCAACUUCUUCGACUUCUCCCAUGGCCCGACCAUGACCAGCCGCCAAAUCGCAAUUGAGCUCGACGAGAACGAUCAACGCCUGCUGGACCACUUCAUCCAGUUCGUCCUGCCCACCAUCUUCCCCAUCCUCGACACGAACCAACACGGCUCCGUUGGCUCUGACUUGAUCCUUCCGGCCCUCCAGAGCAACAAAGGCUACCUGCACUGCUGCCUGAGCAUCGCCGCCCAGCACUACAAGGCGACCAUGAACGUGACCGGCGAGGAGAUCGACCAGGACAUCAUGCGUCACCGCUAUGCCACCAUUUCGGCCCUCUGCGACGCUCUCACCAAGGACGAGAACCACCAGGAGAUUCUCGACGCUGCCUUGGGCCUCAUCUUCUUCCAGUGUGUCGUUGGCCGCUUUGACGAUGCCCUCCCCGACAUCCCAUGGCACCAGCACUUCCAAGCUGCCAUCAGCUUGGUGCAGAAGCUCGACCUCCCCCGCCUGGUGUCGGACCCCAAUGAGCAGAUGAACCAGACGCCCUUCAACAUGACCCUGACAUCUUGGAUUGACAUCCUCGGCGCGACAAUGCAAGGACAAGCUCCUACCUUCGCCCAUACCUACCGCGAGAAGCACCUGUCAAACAACCCCAGCCUUGGCCUUCGUGAGCUCAUGGGUUGUGACGACCGUGUCAUGUACCUCAUCUCCGAGAUUGCCUGCCUCGAGGCUCUCAAGGGUAGUGGCAUGGACGACAUCACUCUUUGCCAGCACGUGCACGCACUUGGCGACCAGAUCAACCUUACUGAGAUUGGCGAACCUGGUCCCAAGAUGCCUUACAACAACAACGGAAGCCUGUCGCCAAAGCAGCUUUCCAAGAACAUGACAGCCGCCUUCCGUCUUGCCGCGCGCAUCUACCUCUGCAGCUUGGUGCCCGGCUUCAACCCCGCGCAAGCUUCCUGCGUCGGUCUGGUUGAGAAGCUCGCCAACGUUCUCCAGCUCAUCCCUUCGGGACCUGGAGGCUUCGACCGCAGCCUCGUCUGGGUCUACCUAGUUGGCGGCUCUGUCAGCUUGCCUGGCAGCUCCUUCCGCGCCCUCUUUGAGGACCGCGUUGCUCAGCUUGGCGACGUCUCCGACUGCGGUUCAUUCGGCCGUGUCGCCUCGCUCCUCAACGAAGUCUGGAUGCAGACGGGCAACAUCAAGAGCAGCGAUAGCUGCGCUGGCAGCCCUGGUUCCUCGUCGGGAUCGGAGGCGGUAGCAUACAUCCACUGGCGGGAUGUCAUGCAGAUGAAGGGCUGGGACUUCUUGCUGAUCUGA